UUGAUAGCAGUUUUCAAAUGAUGAUAGUCCUGGAUUAAGUAGAUGGGGAGAAACUGUUCCCACUCUUGAAAUAAAGAAUGGCACUAGUGGUGAAGCGUUUCACACAAUAGGUAAAUGCGAAGUGAGAGAGAAAAAAAACCUUUUUCGCGUAGGGUCAGGAAUGCAUUGCAUUGAAGUGUGGUGGAGCCAGGUUCAAAUGAUGCAUUCAAGAGGGCACGAGAUGGUUACUUAAAUAGCAAUGCUCAGGGUUACGGAGAAAAGGCAGGACAUUGGCAACAAGUCAAAAAGUUCAGGAACCAGUGCAAGCAUAAGGGCCCGAAUAACCUCCUUACGUGUUCUGUGAUACGCCUAACUGUAAUACAAAAACUGUCCACGAUCACUCACUCACUAUCACUCAGAUGUUGUUGCAGAGACUAUGUCCAUUUGCAGAGUCUUUUGGCAGUACAGAACACAAGCAUUGCUAGAAAAAAUGCCGAAGUUUUUCAUUUUGCAUUCAUCAGGACCAUUUGCAAGAAUACCAGUUUAAAAGGAAAACCAGCAUCUAUAUUGCAUGAGAGUCUCCUCUUUAAGCAAAGUGGAUUCCAUAAAAGAGAAAUUCAUCAGUGUUCAACUGCGAGAAAGAAAUACAAGGAAGUACCCCACCAUGGUCAAUAUUUUCUCCUUCUUCCUGUGGAUUAUAAUGUUUCCAUCCUGCCACAGUCUUUGCUUUCCUGUAGCAAAUGAUAUUGUCAUAAACUAUUCAUCUUCCUCAUUGUCCACUGUGCCAAAGAACCUACCAAAUCUCUCUCAGAUACUGGAUUUAUCACAGAACAAUAUUACUGAGAUUCAUUUGCAGGAUUUUGUCCCCCUCCACCAGUUGAAAUAUUUGAAUUUGUCCUCCAAUAAAAUUAGCAAUUUAGCACCUGCUCUUUUCAAGUCAAAUCAAAAGCUGGAAUGUUUAGAUCUUUCCAAAAAUCAACUCUCAAAUAUAGAGUGUCACUUCUUGUAUAAUGCUACCUCUCUUAAAUAUUUGGAUAUUUCCGAAAAUAAUUUUCUUAGUCUGACGCUUGGGAAGGCAUUUAGUUUUCUGCAAGAUUUGGAAUAUUUAAGUUUAGGAAGCAGAAAAACAAUAAAGUUUCAAAAAGAUGACCUAAAAGAAAUUUCAGGGAAGCAGUUGGAGGAAGUUUCGAUCAAAAUAAAACUAUUGUCGGAAUAUGGCCAUAGUGCCUUAACGAUUUUGAGAACAGCAAAACUCCACGUUGUUUUGCCAUCUAUUAAAAACUUCAAUUUUUUAAAAGAUAUCUUGGAUGAUGCCUUCAAUACAUCUUACAUUUUAACGUUAUCAAACAUUGAAUGCUGCCAAAAUUGCAACCAAUUGUUGAGUGUUGACUGUUGUGAAGUUUGCAGCAAAAGAAGAAAUAUCAUAAACCAAUGCUGCAGUGAUUGCAGCCGUUAUAUUGAAAGUUUUAAAGUACUGGGAAACUUCUCAAGAGUCCAGAAUCUAUCUUUACAACAUUUAAAGGUGGACUGGGAAACUUCCACGCAGAUAUUAAAAAUUAUUUGGGAUUCUUCAGUUGAAAAUCUCAGCAUUUCUAACAUGAAGAUAUGCCAAGUUAGACAACCCUUGUCUUGGUUCCAUUUUCAAAAAGAAUUGAGGACAUUUACUCUCAGACAAAUAGAGUUCUUGCCAUUCUAUUUCAAUCAAGCGAAUAUAUAUGACGUCUUUGAAGACCUUAAAGUUGAGAAUCUGGCAAUUUAUGAAUCAGGAAUGAUUUUCCUGACUUGUCCAAAAGAAGGAAACACAUACAAACUCAUUGACAUUUCUGAUAAUUCAUUUACCAGUGAUUUUUUUCUUCAAAACUGCAACACCCUAAAGUCUUUGGAGACUUUUAUUUUAAAACAAAAUAGAUUUGGCCAGUUAUUUAAAGUGAGUAACAUGACUACAUACAUGACAUCUCUGAAGCACUUGGAUGUGAGUCAAAACCAACUUAUUUUUGAUGAGAUUAGAGUUUGCCCUUGGACCAACAGCUUGAUAAAGCUGAACCUAUCUUCAAACAGACUUACAGAUUCUGUUUUCACAUGUUUACCCAGCAAUCUAGAAAUCCUUGACUUGCAGAAAAAUAGCAUUUAUACUGUUCCCAAAGUAUUGAAGGACCUGAACAAUUUGAAAGAAUUAUACCUUGGUGCUAAUAAGUUAGCUAAUCCACCUGACUGCAGCAAAUUUAGAAAUCUUGAGAUUUUGUUUGUCGAGGCGAACUCAUUUCAUGAACCUUCAAGCAUUUUUCUUCAAAGUUGCCAAAGACUAACUGUGCUGAAUGCUGCCUCCAAUCCAUUUACAUGUACCUGUAAUUUAAGAGACUUUAGCACAAUGAAUAAAAACACCCAAAUAGAGAUGAUAGGGUGGCCAAAGUCCUAUCGCUGUGCCUAUCCCGAUAUCCUUAAAGGAACAUUACUGAAGGAUUUCCAUUUAUCUGAAGUGACAUGCAGUACAACUCUCUUAUUGGUAAUUGUGCUUGGUACUAUGUUUGUAUUCGUAAUUCUAAUUGGGUUAAUGUGCCAUUUUUUGGACUUGCCUUGGUACUUGAGAAUGAUAUGGCAAUGGACCCAGAUGAAACAAAGAACAAUGAAGACUGACUCCUACCAGUUAUCUGAAAAUUUGGUCUACCAUGCUUUUGUGUCCUACAGCCAACAUGACUACAAUUGGGUGAAGGAGCAGCUACUGUCAAACCUAGAAGAGAGGAAUUUACGAAUAUGUCAUCAUGAAAGAGACUUUAUUCCAGGCAAAGGUAUUAUUGAAAACAUAAUUAACUGUAUAGAGAAAAGUUACAAAUCGAUUUUUGUUUUAUCGCCUAAUUUCAUUCAGAGUGAAUGGUGUCAUUAUGAACUUUACUUUGCACAGCACCAAGUGUUAAGUGAACAGACUGAGAACUUGAUUCUAAUUGUCUUGGAGCCAAUCCCUCAGUACCUAAUUCCAUCAAAAUAUUAUAAACUUAAGUCACUUAUGGCAAAGAAGACCUACUUAGAGUGGCCUAAUGACAAAAACAAACAGAGACUAUUUUGGGCCAAUCUGCAAGCAGCCAUAGGAAUAAGUCUGACUGCUCCAUGAGAGGAUGUUAUUUCUGUACACAGUGAUUAAUUGUAUUCUGAGCUGCAUCACUUCAAUCGUCAUAGUAUACAUAUAUUCUAUCAGUGUGUUCACGUAAUAAGAUUAUAAUGUUUUGGAUUGUACUAAAUUAGAAUGUUUAUUUUAGAAAAAGCCUCAUUCAAUAGAACAUUGGCUGAAAGCACAAAUAAAGUUAGGUAAUUGGUAACAUGUAAAUCUGAGCAAGAGCGGCAGGGUUUAAAUAGAAUGUGGAAGAAAAGCUGGUUGGGUUAAUCAGUAUCUUAAGUAUUUGGUUGGCAUCCUUUCCUCUCUCAGAUGAUUGGAAUGCAGCCUCAGAAGUUAGAUGAGAUGAGAUUACCUAUUGCACUUCUUUUGAUGGCUGAAAAAGAUUCGAGAAGGGUAAAGCCUGUUACAAGUGCCACAUUGUAGUUACGCUUUGCUGAAGUAUGGGAUAAUCUCUGCUGUACCUGAAAUGGGGUCUUUAAAUAAUACUAGGGAACUGACCAUGCCUGAGACCUAGCAGAUUUCUCACUGACAACAGUAGCAACAACUUGUAUUUAUAUAACAUUUUUAAUGUUGUAGACACCCCAAAUACUUGAUAGGAAUAUUAGAAAGGAACAUUAGAUUCUCAAUCACAUAUUAGGACAAAUGGGCAAAAAAACAGUCAAAAAGGAGUAUCUUAAAGGAAGAAAGUGAGGUAGAGGAUAGAUAGGUUAGGGAAGUAAUCCCACAUGUUAGGAUUAAGGCAUAACCAUCGAGUGUAGGGUAAUUAACAUUGGGAUAAAACUAAAACUGCAGAUGCUAGAGAUCCGAAACAAAUACAGAAAUUUGAUGAACAGUCACCAGACUCAAAAUGUUAACUUUGCUUCCUCCCCAAAGAUGCUGCCUAAUCUGCUAAGUUUUGCCAGCAUUUCUGUUUUUGUAAUUAAAAUUGGGUAUCUCAAAGAAUUGGAUGUGGAUGAGAGCAGAUAUCUCAAAAAGAUGUGAUGUUGGAGGAAUUUACAGAGAUAGGGCACAGCAAGUUUUGAAAACGAGGAAGGAAGCUUUAAAAUCAAGUCAUUGCACGUCGGAGGUUGGAGGCAAGUUUUAAUUACUUAAAUAAGACACAAUAUAUCCCAUUGGAAGCAAGUUCAUUUAUCAGCAAGAUGCAGAGGCCCAUGAUAUUUCAUGGAAAGAGGUCAUAGACAUAUACAGCAUGAAAACAGAUCCUUCGGUCCAACCCAUCCAUGCCGACCAGAUAUCCCAACACAAUCUUGUCCCAC